AUGGGUCCUGCCUGGAUCACCAGAAGCAGCGGGAUUGGAAUAAGUCAAGUUGAGAGGAAGGAAGCCAAGAAGGCGGCAGAGGCAGCUUUAGGGGGGUUGGGGGGUGGCGGGGAAGAGAGGGCGGGUGGUGGGGGGGGCCAGCAGCAGCAGCAGCAGCAGCGGCGGGUGCCGCCUGCGUUUUGUUAUGCUUUGCAGGAGGAAGGGGGGGGCGAGGAGGUUCCCCCCCUGCCAGAAUUGCAGUUCAGGUUGAAGAGCUUCUAUGCGGCCGUCUCUGACCUCUGCGCGGAAAGCUGGGCCCCCUUUCUCUCGUUUUUCCUGUGGGGAAAGCGGCUGGGAGGGGGGGGCGGCCUGCAGGAAAGUGACAGGGCAGCUGUCAGUUUCCCCGCGAGGUCCAUGAAUACGAACACCAUGAUAUUUUUGAUCCUGGGGGCUUCGGUUGUGAUGGCAAUAGCAUGUUUAAUGGACAUGAAUGCUCUUCUUGACCGAUUUCAUAAUUAUAUCUUACCGCAUUUGAGAGGAGAAGACAGGGUCUGUCAUUGCAACUGUGGAAGGCAUCACAUUCAUUAUGUCAUCCCAUACGAUGGAGACCAGUCGGUGGUUGAUUCUUCUGAGAACUACUUUGUGACCGACAACGUCACCAAGCAAGAAAUUGAUCUGAUGCUGGGACUCUUGUUGGGAUUCUGUAUAAGCUGGUUUCUUGUGUGGAUGGAUGGAUUGCUCCAUUAUGCCGUACGAGCAUGGCGGACGAGCCGACGGUAUGACAAUUCAUGGUCUUGGUUUCCCAAAUUUUGUAACUUCAAGGAGUUCCGGAAACGCCACCACAGCCAGUAUGACGAAGCCGCGGGAAACAUGGUGCACAUCAAACAGAAAUUGUAUCAUAACGGGCAUCCCAGCCCAAGACACCUUUAAGGAAACCUGGGACUGAUUGAGUGGUCAAUUGAACAUGCCUUUUGCGGUCUACCAAGGGGAGAUGUCCAGCUGCUUACUCCCCGGUGGACGCCACUUAAAGACUCCCCCUUAGUCCCACCAACGGUGUGUCUGCAGAAUUCUCUGCGCCCAGAGAAUGCACAAUUCCCCCCCUCUCCCCCCCGUCCUGGACCCAAGGCUCACGAGACAUUGCACUGUGGUUACCGUUUGACUGGUGGACCUGUACAUAUGACGAAAGGAGACGAAACAACCCAGCACAGAAACAGCGCGCGAGAAAAUUUGCAUUACACUUUCCAGCCCUCGCUUCUUUUGGUGAUGAUAGCAAUGGCAGUCUAUUUUUUCUCCCCGUUGGGUUUUCUUUGUUGAUUUGGAAGUUUUGUUUGUUGUCGUCCAUUGGUCUUUGUAGAUGAAUUUGGCCAGAUGUUGCCCUGUUUAGCCUUCAAGUACUUCUGAAUCUCUGUUUCCAAUUGUAUCUGACCCCCUCCAGCCACUUGAUUCCCCAUGAAAGUUCUUCGUUGUGCUCCGAUAUCUCAUUCCUAAUCUAGAUUUGGUCUGGAUUUUAGGUGACCUGGUAGGUACAAUGUGUAAUCCUUUAAGGACCCUCUUCUGUUGAGAAUAGCUUGGUUUUCUCCAGCCUCCACUUCUGCUUUCCUUUCCUUCCGAAUCAUAAACCUAGGGAGAUCUUUCCUCCAAACCUGCCUGAAGAAACAGGUAGCUCUAUUCUGACAUGCAAAAUUCGCAAUCACCGGGUAGUCAUCUGUAAGCUGGAACGAGCUGUCUUCCAAGAAACACCAACCCAAAAGGUCUACGUUGAGAAGUUUGGUUUGAGCAGGUCAUGUUAGUAAAAAUAGGCGUAUUUAAGGUUCCCUUUGGCCUAUUGGCUGUGAAUGUUUCAUCCAGGUGGCUCUCCGCACGACUGAAACUGACUCUUAGUUAGACAAGACUGUUUAAAUUUGGUGCUGGGUGGAUGAUGCUUGAUAUAAUUGUUUCAGUUGUAGAGAGAUCAUUCUUUUUAAAGAAAUUGGAGGCGGCCAAGUUGGUUUUAGCAGCAAAGCAUACUUCUUUCCAGUUAUGGUCCCUUCCUUGCACGCCAUGUUCAUAGGUUCUUCUGUGCAAAUGGGCCUUGUAAGAUCUUCAAGAUAGCCUCAAGUUCCACAUCCCAUCAGCCUUGGUAAGCAUUGCCUGUGAUGAGCCAGGAUGGAGGUUAUGUCUCAGAAGAAUCUGGAGAUCUCUCAAUUGGUCUGUCCUACACCCGGAACCAUCUGAAUGAUGCCAAUUGCCAUCUUGGCGCCUCAACCCUGUUGCAUUUACAAGACCAUCUACCUCAGAAACUGAACUGCGCAGUGGCUUCAGCGAAGGAAAUUACGCAGGGAGGGAGGGCCAGGGAUACCGAGAGCCAAAAGGGCAUUUGAAUUGGAAUAGACCCAGUUCCAGGGUUCCACCAAGUGGACCCACGUGUUGCACUCCAGCAGGAGGAGGUUCAUUCAUUUGGAGGGCUUUAGGAGGUUGGGCAAGUCGAGCUGCCGGGGGUUCGUCGGCCAUGCAAGUCAGCACAAAUGCAACCCUCAGUCGUGGUUUAUUCAAUAAACCACGGCUAUGCAGGCUAGAGUUUAAUGUGAUCCAGAACGAUAAGUCUUCACACUGUCAUCCCCAAGAUGAGUAAUCUCUUCCGUCUCACUGUGCAUAAUUGCUCACCACUGGCUAAAAUCAUUAUUGCAAUGAUGGUUAAAAUGCACAUUUCUUAUGAUCGAGUCGCAGAACACGCUGGCUUUUCAAGAGGCAGAUUUCUGUUAAGGUGUCCCUCCAUCUAGGAAAGGAGGCCAUCUGGAAAGCAAGCUUUAGAGCUAAGAGGCAGGUAGAAAUCAUGGCCGCCACACCUGUUAAAACCUCUGCCUGUUUUGCAGCUCUUAAAAGCAGCCUGCCCCCCAAUUUUUAAAGCUGAUGCUAGAGAAACCUUUCUUUUUAUUUCCUUCUUACAAAGCCAGAUGGUGGCCCAACAUUUGUCUACAAGUCUACCCUGCCCAUCUGAACAUCCAACCUUAGGUGGCUUAUAAGUCUUCUUCCUAUUACUACUACUACUAAUACAGUGGAUUUGCAUGCAUGAAUUAGGGCGUACAGAAACCUGUGCUAAACGUAGUUGUAUCAGAUAUGAUGUCAUCGUGCUAAAUGGGGGGAUUUGGGGGGGACCAGUUCUGAAAGAGAGCCCAGCAUGGUGGGGUUCAAGGAGACCGAGCUGAGUUUGUUCUAGCAACCAGGCCCGGGGUGGUGGU